AAAUAGACUCUGAUCCGAAUCAAAACAAAAACAUAUUUUGGUCCCUUGGUUGGUCCUUGUGAGGCUGGUUCGUGUUCACAUUUUAAUCCUCGUAUCAAUACGUUAAUAAGCUGAUUGAACUAUGGCGUCAAUUGUCAUCAGAACCGCAUCGAAGGAUAGCGGAAGUUUGUUUCAAACGUGUCGACUUUGUUUGAGCGAAGAAUCCGUCGAGAGUGUAUUUGACGAAGAGGGCUUGCAGCAAUGGAUUUCGGAUUAUCUUUCGAUAGAGGUUGAACACCAAACUGAAACUAUAUCCUCAGAAGACCAUUUGAGCCAAGCUGUUUGCUCCAUUUGCCGAAUACAAUUGUUGGAAUUUCAUCAGUUUCGAGAACGCUGCCAUGAAGUACAAAGCGCACUGAAAUUUGAAAUUCAGACUGAAAAUUUUGAUUCAUACAAGGAAAAGGCUAUCGUUGAACCUCCUCUAGAAAGUCAAGCAGAUCAACUGCUGCUAGAAUCAAUUCAAAAUGCGGUAGCUGAUGAGUUAGUGGGCAAAACAGAAAUAAAAAUUGAAACCCAUGCCAAUGUAGAAUUGACAACAUCUCCAGACACAGAUGAUUUUUCCAAUUUAAGGCAAGCUGCAGAAGGUCGAAUACAAGAUACCGAAUAUCAACAGUCGUUCGAGUGUGAAAUAUGCCAUAACAUAUUGAGCUCUACAGCACAGAUGAAAUCCCAUGAAAGAGUUGUACAUGGUCCAAAAAAAUUUGAAUGCGUUCCCUGUGGAUUAACAUUUGCUUUUCGAACACGUUAUGAGGUGCAUUUGAAAACUAAGAGGCAUAUCAAAAAAAUACUGGACACUGUAGUUCCCGAGCAAACUGUCUCAAUAAAGGAGUUCCAGUGUGAUCAAUGCCCUGCAUCUUUUUCAAGAAAACUUCAGCUCGAUAACCAUUACUGUAGAAGUCAUAAACCAAGAAAAUUUGCUUGCCGUAAUUGUCCAAAGAAAUAUGUAUCCAAGCCCGAUUUGUAUAGGCAUAUUGCAACCGAUCACACCAGUGGGAACGAUAGACCAUUUGAAUGUGAUAUUUGCCAGAAGACAUUCAAGGUAAAUGGUCACCUAUACGAACAUAAGAAACGAGUGCACGGCCCAAAACGGCAUCGUUGCGAUGUUUGUGGAUCCAGUUUCAGUACAAACGCUGGCUUAAUUCGGCAUGUGGACCUUUACAAUCAUAUCAUGGAAACACUAUGAUUUGGGCGCCUUGGAUUAUAUAUGUAAAAAGACAGAUGGCUACACGACUUCACAGAGCGGUUUCGAUGGAAUAAAGACUUCAAUAUUUUGCAAAUACAUCAUGAGUAACAAG